AUGAUGUCGGUCAUCGUGCGCGUGGCCGGCCUGUUCGGACUGAUGGUGUCGGAGCCAAAGACGGAGAUCAUGUGCAUGCUGCCGAAAGGGAUCGAGGAACGCCCGUUCACGGUCAGCGCCGCCGGCCAGACGUACAAGCAGACAGAUCGGUUUGUGUACCUCGGACGUACCAUCUCCGCGGACGGGAAGGCCGACCGGGAGAUCACGAGCCGCAGCUGCCGAGCGUGGAAGUGCUACCGCCGGAACAGUGCUUCGAUGUACGACAGGCGACGGGCCAACCGCCAGCUCAAGAUCCGGCUACUCCAGGCUGAAGUGGUGGAGACUCUCCUGUAUGGGUGCGCCUCGUGGAGCCUAACAGCGGAGCACUACACGAAGCUCAAUGGGACCCACCGCCAGUUCCUCACACGGUGCAUCGGCUGGAGCAAGCGGAAACGCUCAGACCGCCCCCUGUCCUAUGCCCAGGCCCUCAUCCAGGCAGGCUGCGAGGAAACCAUCGAGGCCACCGUGCGCAAACGGAGACUGUGUUUCGCGGGCUUCGUUAUGCGCAUGGAGGACAACCGCCUCCCCAAGCGCAUGCUGUUAGGAGCGAUGGCGGGGGGCGUGGGAUACCGGGGCGGGCAGGAGAGCGACUGGGUGUCUCGUCUAGGAGAGGACCUCGUGGCCUUCAACAUGGGAGACGAAAAGGAAGGGGGGAAAUGGAAAGAGAGCGCCAAGAACUCGGAGGUGUGGUACAACAAGGUCGAGGACGGGGCGGCAUGGUUCAUGAGGAAAUGGCACAGGCAGGAGGCGGAAGCGUCCGCGAAGCGCCAGCGCGCGAGGGAAGCAGAAGCAUAGAGUACGACCAUCUCAGGACCGAAGAGAAAGAUAGCCGGGGAAGCGGCGGUGGGGGGGAGGAAAUGGCGACCGGGCACUGCUGUAGAAGCGAGUAGGGCGGCCGAGGCAGCACUUGUGGCAAACUACGUACCCGGCUGAUGUUAUUGCGCCCUGUUUCCCUCCCUGCUGUAUGCUAUACUCCAUUAUGUAUGUCCGUUGUAUUGCCUUCGACCUCUGUGCUCUGUUUCUUUUUUUCAUGACCUCCCUGCCUACUCUGCUGUAUUGGGUACCUUGAUCUCGCUUUGCUGUUGCCUUUGUUUUUUUACGUCUGGCUGUCUGCCCAUCUGCCGCCUCUUUGUCCUGUUUGCUCAGUUACUCUCAUGCCCUGGUGCGUAGUGCCUGGUGCUGGUACGUUACCCUUUGAUUUUUUCUUUGGGCGGGUGUGGGAAGCGUCCUCCUUUGUUUUUGUUAUUGUUUUAUUUCUGAUCGAUUUCCGAGGGCUCUUUUCUCGAACGGUCGGUGCGGUACCUGUUCUUUUCUAUCAUUUUGUUUUAUUUUUCCGAAUGGUUUGUACCCUAUUUUUGUUUUCUUUCCCCGCGGCGUCGUAUGGUCCAUCCCGGCCGGAUUUUCCACAAUUCCAUCUGGCACUUAGGUGCACUUUUCUCUGGACACAGCUGGUUGUUCCGAAAUCUGAAAGUACCGGCAAACGCCCUGUUUCCAGGCGCAUCUCCCUAUGGAAAGCGAUUUUUAUUUUUUUCCUCCGUUGCGGCGAUUUUCCAAAUAACCCGAAAAUCUUGCUUAGUUUUUCCUGGUGUGUGUUUUUUUCAGAGCACAAUUCUGAGACCGGAUUCGGACAGCUCUCGAAAAUCCCCAGGGGAACUUUCAAUCCGACUUCGAUUCGAGUAAAAAAUCAACGAGUUAUCGAGCAAAAACCGGAUUUUAGGUGUCAUUUUGCUUAGUUUUUACCGUGACAUCCAACCGUACGAUUUCAAAAUAGACCGCGGCAAUCGAUUCUUCUCGACAAUCCCCAGGGGAACCUUCUUUCCGAUUCCCGAAAAAAAAUCCCGUUCGCGAGAUAUUUGUAAUUUUGCGACGUGGCUCUGCUGGCUGAGAGGAUUUUUUUCCCCGGGCACACAAACCCACAGAACAAACUUGUGCGCGGGGCGCAAUCCACCCCCACACAACCUGCAACGGCGCUCAGCACCCGAAACUCUGAUGGGUCGGCUGAAAAAGCGCGGCCGCCGAUUUCAAAGGGGGAGCAAAGGCCACUUCCAGCGGCGUGAACCUUCUCNUUCCCGAAAAAAAAUCCCGUUCGCGAGAUAUUUGUAAUUUUGCGACGUGGCUCUGCUGGCUGAGAGGAUUUUUUUCCCCGGGCACACAAACCCACCGAACAAACUUGUGCGCGGGGCGCAUCCACCCCCACACAACCUGCAACGGCGCUCAGCACCCGAAACUCUGAUGGGUCGGCUGAAAAAGCGCGGCCGCCGAUUUCAAAGGGGGAGCAAAGGCCACUUCCAGCGGCGUGAACCUUCUCCAAGCCCGCCACCACCACCCGAAAACAACACCAGUCCUGUGGCGCCACCACCCGAAAUCGAUGACGACGAAGACAACAACGAGGACAACGAGGAUUCGCGCGACGAGGACUGGCGCGACGAGAGCGCUG